AAGUAUUUUUCUCAGCGUCCGACGCGGUCACACUGACAACGAACAAAAAAUAAAAUAAUGAAUUACGAAGUAAACUAGUUGUUUUUAGUUUGAAAACAACAUUUAUAUUAUUUUUUUAAGUUUUUAAACGAAUUUUAGUGCAAUUCGUGAAAGUUUUAAUGAAUAACUAGAUCGUUUUCGAGUUAAUCUGUGGAGCAAAACCCGUUUGUCGACUAAGAGCAGCGGGGGUCGGCAAGAGGUGGAGAAAGGGGGGAGUGGAUGGGGAAGGAGAACGAGGUGGGGAAAGAGGAGAAGCGAUAACAAGAACGACGCCGAAAAAAAGGUAGUUAACGAGUUGGAGUUGACAAGCUGGAAAGCAGUGGAAAGAGCGAGCGAGAGAGGGCGAGAACCUGGAACAGGUUACCCCUCCCCUUCCAGCGAUCCACCGAAGAACACAGAAUCUGCAUAACGUUCGAAUUCUUCGGGAAGAAAAGAGUGAAUCUUUAGUGAAGAAAGCCCCAAGAUCGGAUUCUUUGGGAAGAACAUAAAGGAAGCACCAAGUUAAGAAGCCCACAAGAUCGGAGCCUCUGGAAAGGCAAAUAAGAAACCCCAAUUUCGAAUUCUUCUCUUAAAAAGAUAAUAGGAACCUUUAGUGAAGAAAUCCCCGAAAUCGGAUACUUUGCAAAUAAAAUCAAAGAAAAGCCAAGUGAAGAAGCUCCCAAGAUCGGGAAACUCCGGAAAGGGGGAAAAAAACACAGAUUUCGUAUACUUCGCUAGAAAAAUAAUAGAAACGAGUAAAGGAACCUAAAGAAAUGAAGCCUCCCGGCUUAAUAUACCCCCUGGUGCUGAUCCUCCUCUAUCCCCGCAUUGCCAAGACCGCAUCUAGUGGUAAUCCCAGCGCCAGUUCCAGUUCCCCGCCAGAAAUUCCCACUUUCCGGCAAUGCGAGACCAUCCGCAUAGAGAUGUGCCGCAAGAUUGGUUAUAAUGAGACCUCCAUGCCCAAUCUGGUGGGUCACGAAAUGCAAACGGAUGUGGAGUACACCCUGCAGACCUUCGCUCCCCUGAUCGAAUACGAUUGCAGUUCCCAGCUGAAGUUAUUCCUGUGCGCCGCCUAUGUGCCCAUGUGUACGCCCAAAGCACCCGUCCAUGCUAUAGGUCCCUGCCGCAGUCUCUGCGAAUCGGUGCGGAUACGUUGUCAUCCGAUUUUGCAGGGUUUCGGAUUUCCAUGGCCACCGGCUCUGGAUUGUGAGCGGUUUCCGCGGCAGAAUAACCACGAGACCAUGUGCAUGGAGGGUCCCGGCGAAAUGCAUCAGCCGCAACAGGAUCAGGACCCAUAUGGCUUGCCGGGACAGGGGAUACCAGGUGGAUUGGGUGGAAAACUGCCGCUGGAUUGCUCAGGACUGGCCAAAUCGCAUCUGUAUGUGAGGUUACCCAGAUCCGGACGGUGUGCACCGCUUUGUGAGGCGGAUAUACUGUUCACGCCGGCUGAAAAGCAUCUGGCGGAGAUCUGGGUCUCCACGUGGGCCUAUGCCGCCUUGGGUUUGGCCCUGGUGGCCACUGUCUGUCUGCUGGCCAGCGAUGGCAGCCGCUUGGCCAGUGCCAAGUGGUCCAGACUGUUGUCACCCCUGAUCUGGUGCCACAACAUGGUCACCCUGGGCUGGGCAGUGCGAUUUGUGGUGGGGAGAACUGGCACUGCCUGUGGCACGGAUCCGCAGGCCCCCAAUGAAUCCCUGCUUAGCGUGGACGGACUGUCCAAUGCCUCCUGCGCCAGUGUCUUCCUCAUGCGAUACUACUUCGGAAUGGCCGCCUGCGCUUGGUGGGCUGUGCUCUGUUUGGGCUGGCACCGCGACAUUCGUCGGCACAGUCCCGACUCCAAGGGCCAUGUGGCCAUUCCCGCCAACUUUGGAGGCAGUCCAGCGAAGAGGAGCAACAUCAAGGCCGCCCAGCAGGAUCUAACGCAGAACAACUUUGUGUGCUUCGUGGCUUGGGGAUUGCCCGCUUUCCAAACCGCAGCAGUGAUUGUGGCUCGUUUUGUCGAUGCAGAUGAGUUGCUGGGCGCCUGUUUUGUGGGCAACCAGUCGGAUAAGGCUCUCCAGAUAUUGGUGGCCACGCCUGUCUUUUGCUACUGGAUCUUCGGCUCUAUGAAUCUGAUUUCCGGCUAUCUGGUGCACUGUCGCACCAAGGAGAUCUUGAGGAAUAGCAAUACCCUGAGCUUGCAACAGCAGCUCCAACAGUUGAGUGCUCACAGUAGUUCGGGCAUUGGCGUAUUCCUUUUCAUCUAUGGACUGGCGUGUGCCCUGCUCCUCUUGGCAGUCAUCUACGAGUUUGCCAACAUCGAUGUUUGGCUGGGAUCGGGAGAUACGGAUACGCCAUUGUGGCCCUUUUUAGUGCGAGCCUUCAUGGAACUAAUGCUGGGCAUUUGUUGUUUUGCAUGGGUCCUCGGACCGAGUAUAUCCACGCUGUACAAAAGGCAAGUGGGCAAUGGCAAGAUGGUGAAGCAGCCAACCGCAGGAGGAGGAGGAGCUGGCCACAUGGACGGUAACAGCAGCUCGCGGGGAUCGCAUGUGGCUUGCAAUAGUACGGUGGUCUCGUAUCAUUCAGUGCGGCCCUCGAUGGCCAGUGCUCCCUUGCCACAGAGUCCCUACAAACUGAAGACCUCGCCGGGUGCGGGCUCCAUAUCGCUGAAUCAAAUGUCCAACUACUCGCUGGGUAGGAGCAUGCAUCACCAGCAGCGCCAUUCGCCGCAUCACCAUCACCAGCAGCAGCAGCAGCUCCAGCAGCACCAUCACCAUCAUCACUCCUCAUCUUCGCAUCGCCUGUAUUAUCCACCGGGUAGCUAUGCCUCGCAAAAGUACAGCCAGCAUGGCAGCUACUACCCACAUUUGCAGCACUACGGCGAUGAGACGCUGCUCUAGGCGGGAUUAGGCCCCCAAUUUCCAGUCAAAUGUUCCUGCGGCAGCUGCUGUGCCAAAGUCAGUCCCAGUACUAUAACGUAAAGUGGUUGUAAAAAGGACUUAGGUUUAGGGUAUCUCUACUGCACAGCAACUCGAAAUGGGGAAUGGAUUAGUUGUUUGUUAUAAAAUUGAUCGUAAAAUAACCAUAUCCUAACUAUUUUUAGGUACGUUGCCCUCCCAUAGAAAACAAUGAAUAAUACCUAUAUCCUAUGUACUGUGUAUAUAACCCGGGAAAUGCCCUCUUAUUUAGUUUAGACCCUUAACGAUAGGUCAAAGGACAUCUAUCCAACCCCCACAAUGUAUUGUAAUUGCCCUAGAUGGGCGUCAUAUCCUAUUUUUGGUGUGUACUUAAUGUUGCUCCUGAUUAGUUGCCCUCUGCGUUGCCUUUUUGCCGUUUUGGUGUAACCAAAUUCAAUAAUCGCUCUUGCCUUUUAGACAUCUAGACUUAAUGUCGCCUGUGCGUACAUAUAUAGCAUUUUUAUAUUACUUUUUUUUUUGAGAUAGAGAGAGAAACACGCAGCAACCAAAUACUGUGAUACGCAUGUUCAUGUCUUCAAAAACUAGCCCAGAAAUGUGGGCGCUAACUUGCUGUCUUCUACUUCCACUGAUGCCGAAACAAGUGUACUUAACAAAUGAGAAACAAAUGCAAUUGCAAUCCUAGACGUAAUGCCUAAUUGUAUUCAGUGUGCCAUUAGCUUUAGGGACUUGACUGAGCAAGUCAAAAACACAAAAAUGCCUUGA